AUGAAGAAGGAUCCAAAGGAACAUAACUGUCCACCUGCAGGACAGGGUUGCAGCAUAAAAGAGUUUAUGAGGAUGAACCCUUUAGCCUUUAUAGGAGGACUUGAUCCAGUGGCAGCAAAGAACUGGGUACAGGAGAUAGAGGAGAUUAUAGUUGUACUCGACUCCACGGACGAACAGAAGGUCUGUUAUACUGCUUUCAAAAUGAUAGGAGAAGUAAAGCAUUGGUGGAUUUUUGUGAAGUAUUUUCCUUCAUCUGUCAUAGAGGAGAAGAUAGAAGAGUUCACAAAUCUGACCCAGGGAGACAUGACAGUUGCGGAGUAUGUGGCUAAAUUUGUAGAAUUGUCAUGGUUUGCUCCAUUUCUGGUCCCAAAUGAAGCAAGGAAGGCCAGGAAAUUUGACAAAGGCCUGAGGCAUGGAAUCUACGAGCUUUUGGUCGUGUUUCAGGUCUAG